AUGGAAGGGCUCCGGGCUAGCGCGGGGUUGCUACGGCGGGGACGGUUGCGACGCCGGCGCCAGCCCCAGCCACACAGCAGCUCGGUUCUGAGCCUGCCCUUGAGACCAAGGAAGAUCCGAAGGCAGCUGAGGAGAAGUGUUGCAUCCCGCAUGGCCGCGCUGAGGGCCCAGACGCUGCCGAGUGAAGACUCGGUAGACUCGCGGGUGGAGUCGGCAGUCGACGGUACCGGUGACCCGCUGUCUGGUGGGGCGGCGGCGGCCAUCCCCGAUGCGGCCCGGCGAGAGUCGUACGGCCCCCUCGGGCCUGCCGAGCUGCUGGAGGCCCCGCCCGCAGCCCGUUCCCUUCAGACGCCCCGCGCCCUAGUGGAGGCGCAGACCCCGCCGGCCCGCCUGGUGGAGGCGCAGACCCAACCCGCUCGCCUGGUGCCGGCUUCGGUGCCCACCCGCGUGGUGGAGACCUCCGCCCUGCUGUGCAAUGCCCAGCAUUUGGCCGCCUCCUCGUCCGUGGCCCCGGCGACGCUGUCGGGGCCACAGGGAGAGAGCUCCGGAGGGGAGCUUUCCUGGGGCUCCCCGCUGCAGCGCGUCCUGGCAGAGCUGAACCGAAUCCCUAACAGCCGCCGGCGGGCUGCGCGCCUCUUCGAAUGGCUCAUCGCGCCCAUGCCGCCAGAGCAUUUCUACCGCCGCCUGUGGGAGCGAGAGGCCGUGCUGGUGCGGCGGCAGGACCAUACCUACUACCAGGGCCUUUUCUCUACCGCCGACCUGGACUCGAUGCUGCGCCACGAGGAUGUGCAGUUUGGCCAGCAUCUGGACGCUGCGCGCUACAUCAACGGGCGGCGAGAGACCCUGAACCCGCCGGGCCGCGCCCUGCCCGCCGCAGCGUGGUCCCUGUACCAGGCCGGCUGCUCUCUGCGCCUCCUCUGUCCGCAGGCUUUCUCCUCCACCGUGUGGCAGUUUUUGGCUGUGCUCCAGGAGCAGUUUGGAAGCAUGGCAGGCUCCAACGUUUACCUUACGCCCCCAAACUCUCAGGGUUUUGCCCCCCACUACGACGACAUCGAGGCUUUCGUGCUGCAGCUGGAAGGUAGGAAACUCUGGCGUGUCUACCGACCUCGCGACCCAACUGAGGAGUUGGCCUUGACCUCCAGCCCCAACUUCAGCCAGGAGGACUUGGGCGAGCCGGUGCUGCAGACGGUGCUAGAACCUGGGGAUUUGCUCUAUUUUCCUCGGGGCUUCAUUCACCAAGCCGAAUGCCAGGAUGGGGUGCACUCUCUGCACCUCACCUUGUCCACGUACCAGCGCAAUACAUGGGGCGACUUUCUGGAGGCUGUACUACCUCUGGCCGUGCAGGCUGCAAUGGAAGAAAAUGUGGAGUUUCGUAGGGGUCUGCCCCGAGACUUCAUGGAUUACAUGGGGGCACAGCAUUCGGAUUCUAAGGAUCCACGGAGAACCGCUUUCAUGGAGAAGGUACGAGUGUUGGUAGCCCGUUUGGGACACUUUGCCCCUGUCGAUGCCGUGGCUGACCAGCGAGCCAAAGACUUCAUUCAUGAUUCUCUGCCCCCUGUAUUGACUGAUCGGGAGAGGGCACUGAGUGUUUAUGGGCUCCCAAUUCGCUGGGAGUCUGGAGAACCUGUAAAUGUUGGGGCCCAGUUGACUACAGAAACAGAAGUUCACAUGCUUCAGGAUGGGAUAGCCCGGCUAGUGGGUGAGGGAGGCCAUUUGUUUCUGUAUUACACAGUGGAAAACUCCCGUGUUUACCAUCUGGAAGAGCCCAAGUACUUGGAGAUAUACCCCCAGCAAGCUGAUGCCAUGGAACUCUUGCUUCGGUCCUACCCAGAGUUUGUGAGAGUUGGGGACCUACCCUGUGACAGUGUAGAGGACCAGCUUUCCUUGGCAACCAUGUUAUAUGACAAGGGGCUGCUGAUCACCAAGAUGCCUCUAACCCUAAACUAG